AUUCGACUCACCAAUUCCAAUCCACCUCCUUUUUCUUUCUAAGUGUACUGUAUUUCACUCUCUUUCUCUCUCUUUACUCUCCACUCUCUCUCUUAUAUCGAAGCUCUAUUGUAUGGCCGCCCAUUUGCAGAGUAGGGGACUCGUGGGCUUCGGUAAGCGAUUCAUCAACCAGAUCCGCGCUGGGAGCUCUCGCGAUCCCUCUCACUCUCCCUCCCUCGCUUUCAGGAGGGCCGUGCACGCGUCAGUAUACGACAAGAACAUCGACGAGCAAAUCCUGCCAACCAUUGUUCCGGACGAUGUAGUCCAGCCUGAAUCCGACAAGUACUGGGCUCCGCACCCGCAAACUGGGGUAUUCGGCCCAGCCACUGAUCAGGACCCAGCUGCAGGUGGGGAACGUGGGUUCCACUCGACUGCGAAUGGUGGCGUGGGAGGAUUUGGAUAAGCCCAUUGAGGAGUAAGAGAAUCCCAAUCAAGGAUUAGUCUGUCCUCUGAUAUAGAUAAUAUCAGAAUAGAGGACGGCUAAGUAUUCCCAUAAUACUUAUACAAUAAGUUUAAGAGUGCAGUAGAAAUACCACCUGGUUUUUUAUAUGUUUAUAGACUAUAAUAGCUAAGAAAUCUGGGAUAUAUAUAUAUAUAUAUAUGCAAGUAUUGUGUAAUAGUAAGGUUAUGUAUUUAUGGACGCAUGGUAUGUCAUGCACUGUGGUUUGCUUUUUUGCUAUAAAAACACUUGGUUACAUCUACUAUAUUGUCUCCCUUUUUUUUCUUUUUUGUUUUUAUAUAGUUUCUGCAUAACUUUAGAGGUUCA